AUGUCUGGAAUCAGCAAGGCCUGUUGCUCAAUUCCCCCUGUUGUAUCCAAGGGCUACCAGCCCAAGGGAGAAUACAAAACCAUCAAUGGCAUGAAGACCUACGUCACUGGCCCAGAAUCGGCCACUAAGGCUAUCCUGGUCAUCUAUGACAUCUUCGGCUUCUUCGACCAAACUGUCCAAGGUGCCGACAUCCUCGCCACCUCGACCGACCAAAAAUACCGCGUGUUCAUGCCCGACUUCUUUGAAGGUAGCCCUGCCGACAUCUCGUGGUACCCGCCCACCACCCAGGAACACAAGGAGAAGCUCGGCAACUUCUUCUCGACCAAGGCUGUCCCACCCAAGACCCUUUCCAAGAUCCCCAAUGUCGUCGCCGAAGGCAACAAGCUAGCUCCUGGCGGCAAUUUCCAAUCCUGGUCGAUCCUGGGCUACUGCUGGGGCGGUAAGAUUGCCUGCUUGUCCUCCGGCGCUGAUAACAAGCUAUUCAAGGCGGCCGUGCAGUGCCACCCAGCUAUGGUCGAUCCCAAUGAUGCAAAGGUUGUAAACAUCCCCAUGGCGAUGCUCGCUUCGGGAGACGAGCCUGUCCAGGACGUCAAGAACUUUGAGGCCAACUUGAAGGUUCCCAAGCACGUUGAGACUUUCUCAUCUCAGAUCCACGGUUGGAUGGCUGCGCGAUCGGACUUGGAGAACACCGAGGUGCGCAAGGAGUACGAGCGCGGAUAUAAGACCGUUCUUGAAUUCCUGCACCAGCACGCGUAG